GAGACCAAUUUUAAGGUCAAAAUGAAGAUCUACACUCUAGUUCUUUUACUCGCUGCAGUGGUCUUCGUGGAGUGUGGUCAUACGUUUAUGGGGACCAGUUUUUUGCGGCCCCAAGUGUACCAUAAGGAGGUUCGGUUCCCUUCGAGGUUUUUCCAGAAGAGAGUGGAAUAUUUGAACUAUACGCUGCCUGCUUAUCGGGGUUAUUCGGGUGCUCCGGGAGGCAGUAUACAGGGUAUCCUAGCAUACGACAUGACCCACUCCGGGGCAUCAGCCAACGUGACGCGCGGCGGCAUCGGACACAACUUCGUAGAUAUCCGCAUGAAGAGCGAUAGGAACAAGGAGUUGCAUUACGAUGUUUAUAUUUAUGCUUAAAUACA